AUGCCUUUUAUACAGCAGGAAGCAGCACUAGCACUUACUUCUUUAUUGUCAUCUUUAAAACAUACAGAUAACGAAGUUCGUACAAAAGCUGAAGCAUCUCUUCAUGAACAGUGGAUUGCACAUGAACCAGAAAUGCUUUUAGUUGGGUUGGCAGAACAAGCAAAUACAGCUCAGGAUAGUUCAUUACGUAGUUUUGCAGUGAUUCUUCUUCGGAGAAUUUCUUUCAAAUUAGUUUCAAGAGCAAAUGAUACAAAAGAAAUAACAGUAUGGAGUAUGUUGAGUCAAGAUGGUGUUAAAAGAAUCCAAUCUCUAUUACUUGAAAGUUUUACAAAGGAAAAUGAGGAAAAUGUUCGGCACAAAAUUGGAGACACGAUUGCUGAAAUAGCACAUACGCUUUAUGAGGAAAAUGUUCAAUGGCCAGAACUUUUUUAUAUGCUUUUUCAAUGUAGUAAAUCGAUUAAUCCGGGGCAGAGAGAAUCAGCAUUUCGUGUAUUUUCUUCUAUUCCUAAAAUUGUUGAGAAAGAGCAUGUGGAGGUAUUGAAAGAAAUUUUCCAGUUUGGUCUUCAGGAUGAAAAUAUUAAAGUUCGAUUAUCCUCUUUAAAAGCAUUAUCUUCUUUACUUGCAUACUCGGAUUUCAAUUCUCAAGGACUUUCGUCAUUACUCCCAUUAAUGUUAAAUAUUCUUCCUCCGUUUCUUGACUCUUUUGACAGCGAUUCUCUUACUUCUUCUUUAACAUCAUUGAUUGAUUUAGCGGAAGUUUAUCCAAAAAUGUUCAAGCCAUAUUUCCCUACUGUUGUUCAAUUUUUCAUAGAAUGUUUAAAAAACAAAAAUCUUGAUAAUUCUUCUAGACAAUCGAGUUUAGAAUUUUUGGUAACAUUUAGUGAAGGUGCACCUAUAAUGUGUACUAAAGAUGAAAAUUAUGCAAAAAGUGUUGUAUAUGAAUGCUUAUCUUUUAUGACUGAAGUAGGAGUGGAAGAAGGUGAUGAUCUAAACGAAUGGCUUGAAACAGAUGAUCUUGAUUUUUCAGGAAGUGAAAUGAAUCAUGUAGUUGGUGAGCAAGCAAUGGAUAGAUUGGCACGGAAAUUAGGAGGGAAAGUUCUCCUUCCGGUUAUUUUUCAAUGGUUGCCUUCUCUUAUAAGUUCCCAAGAUUGGCGACAAAGGCAUGCGUCUUUAAUGGCUAUAUCUGCAAUAGCAGAAGGCUGUGAAAAAUUAAUGAAAAUAGAACUUGAACGAAUUUUAGAUAUGGUUUUGCCCUUGCUUAAAGAUAUACACCCUAGAGUGCGCUGGGCUGCUUGCAAUGCUGUUGGGCAAAUGAGUACAGAUUUUGCUAGAACUAUGCAAAAAAAAUUCCAUAGACAAGUAUUAGGAGCACUGAUUCCUGUUUUGGAAGCGCCUGAGCCAAGAGUUCAAGCACAUGCAGCAGCUGCUUUAGUAAACUUUUGUGAAGAAGCAAAUAAUAAAAUUUUAGAACCUUAUUUAGAUGAUAUACUUAAUAGACUUUUUUGUCUACUUAAAAGUCAAAAAUGCUAUGUUCAAGAACAAGCUAUUACUACCAUCGCUACAGUUGCAGAUGCAGUUGAGACUAAAUUUAAUAAAUAUUACGAUUCAAUUAUGCCACUAUUAAUCAAUAUACUUAAUCAGGCUAAGCAACAAGAAUAUAGACUAUUAAGAGGAAAGGCUAUAGAAUGUGUUACUUUGAUUGCUAUGGCUGUUGGAAAGGAAAAAUUUUCAGAGAAUUCUAAUGAGGUAAUUCAAACUUUGGGUUUAAUUCAAAGUACUGUAACUGAGCCUGAUGAUCCUCAAGGAAGUUAUCUUAUUGCUGCAUGGGGUAGAAUAUGUAAAGUCAUGGGUAAAGAUUUUAUUCCUUAUUUAGGAGCAAUUAUGCCAUCUCUUCUUCAUUCCGCUAAAUUAAAGCCGGAUUUCACUGUUUUAGAUGAUGAUGAUGAUCGUGAGAAGUACCUUCAAGAAGAUGGAUGGGAAUUUAUAUAUGUACAAGGUCAACAAAUUGGAAUAAAAACUAGUGUUUUGGAAGAAAAAUGUGUCGCCAUAGAGAUGUUAUUGUGUUAUGCUUCAGAAUUAAAAGCAGCAUUUGAGCCUUACGUAGAUGAGGUAUUUAUAGAUGUAGUAAUACCCGGUUUGCGAUUUUACUUUCAUGAUGGAGUUCGUUCUGCAUCAACAAAAGCAGUUCCCCAACUACUAUCAUGUGUAAAAGAAGCUUAUGGUGGAAAUAAUCCUAAAUUAGUUUCAAUGUGGGAUAGAUUAUUGGAAGAAAUUUUUAGUUUGAUUAAUAUUGAAUCUGCAAUUGAUGUUUUAGCUGAGUUGUAUCAAUGUUUGUAUGAGUCUAUUGAUGUUGUUGGCGAUAAUUGUUUAAGUCCAGAAAAAAUGGAUAAAUUUAUAACUUCAUCUGAAUCUCAGCUUCAAGAUUAUAUUAAAAGAGUUCAAAAGAGAUAUGAGGAUCAUCAAGCUGAAGAAGCUAAUUUAGAAGAUGAAGAUGUUGUUACUGCUAUAGCAUUGGAUGAUGAUCUUCUUAGUGAAAUGAGUAAAACUUUUCAUACAAUAUUUAAAAGACACAGGUUAUUAUUUCUUCCUCAUUGGGAACGCCUGUUACCAUACUUUGAUCAAUUUGCAAAUAAUCAGCAUGAUUCUAAUGCUAGGCAAUGGGCAAUUUGUAUAAUGGAUGAUUUAAUUGAAUUUACCGGACCAGAAGCAUGGAAAUAUAAAGAUCAUUUCUUAAAACCCUUAUCUAAUGGCAUAGCAGAUGAUUCGCCUGGUGUAAGGCAGGCCGCUGCAUAUGGUAUAGGAGUUGCCGGGCAGUAUGGUGGAGAGCCAUUUUCGAUGGUAUGCUCUGCUUCUUUACCACACUUGUUUCGUUGUUUUGAAAGGCCUGAUUCUCGUGAUGAAGAUAACAUUUAUGCCACCGAGAAUGUUUGUUGUGCAAUUGCGAAAAUUUUACGAUUCAAUUCUUCUAAAAUAUCUGAAAUAGAUAAAGUUAUUGACUUAUGGAUUAAAACACUUCCUGUUACUCAUGAUGAAGAAGAUGCUCCAUAUGCAUAUGCAUUUCUUGUAGAACUUAUUGAAAGGAACCAUCCAGCAGUAUUGUCUCAAGCAGCAUUAGUUGUAGAUUCUAUUACUCAAGCGUUAGAGUCAGAGAUUUUACAAGGCCAUAUUCUUGAUAAAAUACUAACUUCAAGUAAAGCAUUUUGUCAAAAAUUACCUCAAGAACAAAUUAAUAUGAUAAUUUCUAAUAUGCCAUUAGAAAGACAACAAAUAAUGGCUACGCAUUUUUCUUAA